GGUUUCUUCUGUCUCUCCUAUAAAUGCUCUACUGGCGAGUCAUGUAGACCUUCGCUCGUCCAGACUUUCCACUCGUCUCCACGCUGGCGUCUCCAUUGCGACUCCACCAAGCACCCGAUGUGGGCAGCAACUCCUUUUCGACCGCAACUCGCUUUAGAUGCAACUGCGAAGGCUAACUCGUAUUUUAUCUGUUUAUGCCGUUUCAGAGUGUUUCGGCUCUGUUUCUUCCCAAUCUUAUUGCUGUUUUAUUUUUGUUCAGUAAUUUUCCUGAACCCAGUCAGCGGCACAUCUCCGUCAGAAUCUACGGACCCUCUGCCAUCCAUUGCAGCGGAGCCCUUUCAUGAGCAGGCGAUCAAGUUGAAGGUUCCCAGGGACAAGCUUACGCUUAACUUCAAGCAUCUGAACCUCGAUUUCUGGCUCAUCACCGACGAGGCUACCGGAGAAAAGAAGCGGAAGGUGGACAUGUGGUUUAGCAGCCGGAAAACAACCGCUGCCAGUCACUGCUCUAUUGUGUCUACUUCUCUGUCUGGUAGUGCUGAGUAA